AUGUUCCUCGCUAUCCUUUUGACCGGUGCAGCUUCUCAAGACCCGAUCAUUGCGCCAAGGCAAGUGCCAGUGGAAACGUCUUCGCCUGUUGCUGGGUCCGAGCUGCUGACUUGGUGGGGUGACCGAGGCGACGUCACGCAAACGUUGGUGCACCUUGGAGGCGUCCAAUUGUGUUCCGAAGCUCUGAAUGUCCGUGUGGACGCCGAGGUCUUGGACGAGGAGAUGCUGAACUCUUGCAAGCGAGAGACAGCUGGUUUCGACAUUAUGGCGUUGUUGCAGCCUUCAGAAGAGCUGAGGGUGCCAACACAGGAGCAGAUCAAGAACCUUUGCAGAUCUGAAGCUUGUGCGGCGUGGCUGAGGUUAGCAGUGACAGCCUCGUGGUUGCCCGACUGCAGCUACCGCCAGUCGCAGACAAGUGUCCGGUCGCUGGCAGAAACGCUGCUUCGAGUCCGUGCAGACCUGAUACAUACGGGUACGGACCCAGUCGCGAGUGUGGCUCCAGCUGCGAGCUCGUUUCGAAAGCUUUACAAGCUUAAUGUGCUUGCCAAUCUGCUGACUGCGAAGGAAGAGGCGGUGCAUGAAGUCAGCUCGCCGGGUCUGCCGAUUACGAGACAGAUGGCAGCACUAGACGAUCUCAAUGUGAUGGGUUCGGACGACAUUUUGCAGUCUGGAGCCACUGUAAAGCGACGUCCGAUGAGCAUUGGCACGAUUGGAAACGCUACGAACGUUGCUGGUCGUGGAAGUGGGUACAGCUCUGACGACACUCCUGCGAAUUCCCGCAGUGCUGGUGACUUCAAUGUGGUUGGCACCUCGGCCAAUUUUAGACUUUCUGACGGCUCGAACAGCUUGGGAGAUACGAUGUCAGGUGUGGAUAUGAGCUCGAACGAUUCUGCCGGGUUUACUAGCAGCGGCGUUGGGCCACACGCGUCGUCCACCACUACGACUACAGACCUCACACUAACGUAUGCCUACGUUGUUGGCGCGUGGGUCCUUUUUAACGGCAGCUACUAUUUCCUCAUGCGGAGAAAAUGA